AUGGCCCAGUCCUUCGGUCAGACCGAGAUUAACUGGGACAAACUAGAUAAAACUAAGUUCUAUGUCGUUGGAGCUGGACUCUUCACAGGUGUUUCGGUGGCACUUUAUCCCGUUUCUGUUGUGAAAACUAGGCUGCAGGUUGCCACAAAGGAUGCUGUAGAGAGAAAUGUGUUUUCUGUUGUAAAAGGACUACUAAAAACAGAUGGCGUCCCUGGUCUGUAUAGAGGGUUUGGAACAGUUAUUACUGGUGCAAUUCCUGCCAGAAUAAUAUUCCUCUCCACUCUAGAGACCACAAAGGUGGCUGCCUUCAGAAUGCUUGAACCGUUUAGACUUUCUGAAACUACCCAAGCUGCCAUUGCAAAUGGAGUUGCAGGCAUGACAUCAUCGCUUUUUGCUCAAUCUGUGUUUGUACCAAUUGAUGUGGUUAGCCAAAAGUUGAUGGUUCAAGGAUACUCUGGCCACGCCCAAUAUAGUGGGGGUUUGGAUGUUGCUCGCAAGGUUUUAAGGUCUGAUGGCAUCCGAGGAUUGUAUCGGGGGUUUGGUCUCUCUGUUAUUACUUAUUCACCCGCUAGUGCUGUAUGGUGGGCAAGUUACGGUUCAAGCCAACGCUUCAUUUGGAGAUUCCUUGACCACGAUACCAAAUAUGAUGAACGCACUCCUAGUCUGCAGAAAAUAAUGUUAGUUCAGGCUACUGGAGGGAUUAUUGCUGGUGCAACUUCGUCCUGCAUUACAACCCCAUUGGAUACUAUCAAGACACGAUUACAGGUAAUGGGUCAUGAAAAUAGAAGCUCUAUAAAACAAGUUGCUAAAGAUUUAAUCAAUGAAGAUGGUUGGAAAGGCUUUUAUAGAGGGUUUGGCCCAAGAUUCUUUAGCAUGUCAGCGUGGGGAACUUCAAUGAUAUUGACUUAUGAGUAUCUGAAACGUGUAUGCGCAAAAGAUGAAUAG